UCGGCUGUUCGGGAGACGGCCGGUUGCCUCGCUUAGAGACCCUUGUCACACGCAGCUUGUAGUCACAACAGUGCGGACUUCAAAGGCAGCCGGGGGCGGUGGGUGAGAGGUGUGAGUGACAGGAAGACACACGCAGGGACAAUGAGCGGAGCUGGGAGUGUGAUACAGCAAAGCAGAGGGCAGUAGAUGGACACAUAAAGUUUGGCGGCACAAGACAAGAAAGCGCAGAGAGAAGGUGCCGUUUCAAAUAGCCGCCGAGAAGUAGAACAGAAGUUAUCAAGCGAAGGAGGCGGACGGGAAAGAAACAGAACCUUUUCUACUCUACAGGGUAUGGUGGCGGAGCGCAUAUGGAUUUAGUUGACCUCUACCUCCCAGAGUGUUUCAGCUAUCACUCUGACACAGAGCUUCUGGACAGGAUGUCGGUGAGGGGUUUGGACCCCACCUGUCCCUCCUCUAUAAAGUGUGAGCCCUCUAGCCCCAGUCCCAGCUCUCAGGGCAACGUCAGCCCAGCCCAACCCAGUCCAGGGAGCUCUUCUUCAGACACAAACUCCAGUUACGGUCCCCUCGCCAAGAGUCUCCAUCUUAGCAAUGGGCUGGACUCAGUGGUCCUCCAUGGCCAAACAGCAGGGAUGGCCGCUAACGGGGGAACAAACAGGAGGUUUGAGGAGGAGGAAAGCCAAGUAAAGUGUGAGUUCAUGCUGGGCUCUGUGGCCAAACGGCUGUGCCUGGUGUGUGGGGAUGUGGCCUCGGGUUACCACUACGGUGUGGCCUCAUGUGAGGCCUGCAAAGCCUUCUUCAAGAGGACCAUCCAGGGUAACAUUGAAUACAGCUGCCCAGCAUCCAAUGAAUGUGAAAUCACCAAGAGAAGGAGGAAAUCUUGCCAGGCCUGUCGAUUUGUGAAAUGUCUAGCAGUGGGCAUGUUGAGAGAAGGUGUGCGACUGGACCGGGUUCGAGGUGGCCGACAAAAGUACAAGAGGAGGAUAGAUGCUGAGAACAGCCCAUACCUGCACCCGCAGAGCAUUUUGCCACACAAGAAAUCAUGCGGGUCAGUGGAAAACAAGGUGGUAUCGCUGCUGCUGGUGGCCGAGCCUGAGGGAAUCUUUGCCAUGCCGGACCCCACAGUUCCAGAGAGUGACAUCAAGGCUCUGACCACGCUGUGUGACCUGGCUGACAGAGAGCUGGUGGUCAACAUCGGCUGGGCCAAACACAUCCCUGGCUUCCCCUCGCUGUCUCUUGCAGACCAGAUGAGUCUGUUGCAGAGCGGCUGGAUGGAGAUUUUGAUCCUCCGAGUGGUGUUCCGCUCGUUAGCAUUGGAGGACAAGCUGGUUUACGCCGAAGACUACGUCAUGGAUGAGGAGCAGUCCAAACUGGCAGGUCUGCUGGACCUCAACAAUGCCAUCCUGCAGCUGGUGAAGAAAUACAAAAGCAUGGGCCUGGAGAAGGAGGAGUUUGUUGUGCUGAAGGCCAUCGCCCUUGUCAAUUCAGAUUCGAUGCAAAUUGAGGACUCGGAGGCUGUUCAGAGACUUCAGGAUGUCCUCCACGGGGCCCUCCAGGACUACGAGGCCACGCACCACCCUGAGGAUCCCCGCCGCGCAGGCAAGAUGAUCAUGACCCUCCCUCUUCUGCGCCAGACGGCCGCUCGUGCCGUGCAGCACUUCUGCAGCAUCAAACAGGACGGCCGUGUGCCUAUGCACAAACUGUUCCUGGAACUGCUAGAGGCCAAGGCCUGAUGGGAGCAGGAGUAGCGGUCGGGACCACGGGUAAACGCUGGGGUCUGGCUCUGUGUAUUUGUCCAUUUCAGCUUGCGUGGGACUAUAACAGUCUUGAAUUUGCAAUCGCUGGGAACAUAGUGGCUGGAACAUUUUUUAAGAGAGCCUCAACACCUGAUCAGGAGUGUGGA